AAAAAAAAAAAAAAAAGAAGAAGAAGAAAAAGACAGCAUUUAAUGAACGAAAAUAAUAUUAAUGAAUUUGGAAGAAGGAACGAACCAACGAGAAAAAUCAACGAAAUAAUUUAGACAAAUGUAGCGAUUGGUCCACUACCCAUCCAAAAGUCCAAAUGAAUACUUCACCGUUGAUAAUUCUAUUCAAUUGUUUUCUUCUGUAGAAGACCAUAUAUUAUUAAGUCUCUAGUCCAUUGUAAAUAAAUGUUUCUUUCAAAUAAAUGGAAAUACAAAAAAGAAAAGAAAAAAAAGACAGCAUUUAAUGAUGAUAACGAUUUGGAAGAAGGAACCAACCAAUUAGAGUAACAAACCAAGGAGGCGACUCACAUGAAAGCAAAAGCUGACAUGGCAGUGAAUUCAGUUUUAUAAAAAAGGCUUCAAGGCCGAGAGUUCGUAGUACAAACUCUUCUCUCAGUCAUCACAGAAAAUAAAAAACAAUGGCGAAUAAGUUCACUAGACAACAGAUUUCAGAGUUUAGGGAACAGUUCAGCGUAUACGACAAGAAUGGUGAUGGUCACAUUACCACAGAGGAGUUCGGUGCCGUGAUGCGUUCCCUCGGUUUAAACCUGACCCAAGCUGAGCUUCAGGAGGAGAUCAACGAUUCGGAUUUAGAUGGUGACGGAACCAUCAAUUUCACUGAGUUCUUGUGCGCAAUGGCUAAGGACACUUACUCUGAGAAAGACCUCAAGAAAGAUUUCAGACUCUUUGACAUAGACAAGAAUGGUUUCAUCUCAGCUGCUGAAAUGAGAUAUGUGAGGACUAUCCUCCGGUGGAAGCAAACUGAUGAAGAAAUCGAUGAGAUUAUCAAGGCAGCUGAUGUUGAUGGUGAUGGUCAGAUCAACUACAGAGAGUUUGCCAGGCUUAUGAUGGCCAAGAAUCAAGGUCAUGAUACUAAAUAUGACACAACUGGUGGCACUUUGGAGAGGGACUUGGCGGCCGGGGUUGCCAAAAAUAUCAUCGCAGCGCCAAUGACCGACUUCAUCAAAAAUUUGUUCGAAGCGUUGUUUUCUUGAAAUGGUACAUCAGUAACUUUAUGCCAUUAGGGUCUGGCUGGUAUGUUAGAUCUCUCUAAAAAGGCGUUUGAUCUUUGAAAAUAAUUUCUAUGUAAUAAAUUUAUUGUGUUACCAUCUUUUCUUGCAUGCAAUUUAUUAAAAUGAGUUUGUAAUAUGGUUUCAGUAUCGAAUAUAAUUGGGGUAUCAAUGUAUCUUUUGAGAAAAACAUUUAAAACGUAGCAGAACUAAUUAUUGAAAACUGGUAGCAUUACUAAAAAUUGAUCUAAAUCGGUUAAUGAUUUGGCACAUACAGUGAUCAAAUCAGCUAAGCCUCAUAUCUCACCGUCCCAGAGUUCUUCAAGACUCUUAUAAGGACUCAUCUAAUGAAUAAUGACAUGCCUC